UCACUGUUAGGAGUGGAUGGUGUGUAUAAUAAAAUUACAUGCAUGGAAAAGAGGAAAAGCGGAUAAAGAACGGAGAAUUUCUUGCAUGCAGUGUGUCUUGAUGCAAAAUAAUUUAAUGAGAUACUUCUCUACGGACAUUUCCGGGAUUGUUACCGUUCCCCAUUUUGCGUGUCAUGUACCUGGGGUUCUGGUCAUUUUUUUUUCCGUAGGGUUUCCAUCUGGAGAUAACUGUAUUCCUGUCUAGUGGAUUGGAGUGAAAGUCCGCCAUAUUCUGCCUUACCACGCCCGGGAGUCGAGCAAUUGAGAAAAGGGCUGUAUAAAUAUAUUUAUUUAUGUGUUUUUUUUUUACCAUAUACAUAAAAGGAAAAAGCGUACAGUCUGGAGACUGAAUUUCAAUUAAUAAUACAACAAAGAAGAUUUUAAGAAAUCAUCUAGCAAGGAUGAAAACCCUUUACAAGAUUAGGUAGAGAAAGGCUACGGAGGCUUUCUGAAAGGAUCUGUUGCUCAAACUGAGAAAGAAAAGCAGAUUAGCCCUGUUAGGAUUUUAAUAGGGUUCCAGGGGGUUAUUUAGAGUUACUGUUUUGUUUAAGAGGAGCUGCAGAUUAUCAGAAAGAGAAACCAAAAGGGGGGGAGGGGGGCAAUUAUUACAAAAAAAAAAUCUUGGUCAUUUUUUGUUUUGUUUUUCCUUUUUUUAAAAUUCCAUUAAUCGUGAAUGUGUCCGCGUUUUGUGCCGACUGGACUGAGAUUUCUCUUCCAAAAGCCGCAAAGGAUUUUGAUGUUUUAUUUUCGCGGGCGCUGUUAUUGAAAACAUUGUACAAUUAAAAGGCACUAGAGUGAAGGAGAUUUUUUUUUUUGGAAGAAUGACUCUGGAGUCCAUCAUGGCGUGCUGCCUUAGUGAGGAGGCGAAAGAAGCUAGACGGAUCAACGACGAGAUCGAAAGGCAGCUCCGCCGGGACAAGAGAGACGCUCGCCGGGAGCUUAAAUUGCUAUUACUCGGUACAGGAGAAAGUGGCAAAAGCACGUUUAUCAAACAAAUGAGAAUUAUCCAUGGUUCAGGUUACUCGGAUGAGGACAAACGGGGUUUCACAAAACUGGUGUAUCAGAAUAUCUUCACAGCCAUGCAAUCUAUGAUAAGAGCCAUGGACACUCUAAAAAUCCCAUACAAGUAUGAACAUAACAAGGGCAAUGCACAUACAGUCCGUGAAGUUGAUGUAGAAAAAGUUAGUGUAUUCGAAAACCCUUAUGUAGAUGCCAUUAAGAGUUUAUGGAAUGACCCAGGUAUCCAGGAAUGUUAUGAUAGACGGAGAGAAUACCAACUUUCGGAUUCAACUAAAUACUACCUUAGUGAUACUGACCGUAUUGCAGCACUGGGUUAUCUGCCAACCCAACAGGAUGUGCUGCGGGUUCGAGUGCCUACAACUGGCAUCAUUGAGUAUCCAUUUGAUCUGGAGAAUAUUAUCUUCAGCUACCUGAACGACCUGGACCGUAUAGCAGAUCCUGCCUAUCUGCCUACUCAGCAAGAUGUGCUUAGAGUCCGAGUCCCCACCACAGGGAUCAUUGAGUACCCUUUCGACUUACAAAGCGUCAUUUUCAGGAUGGUGGAUGUGGGUGGACAGCGAUCUGAGAGGAGAAAAUGGAUACACUGCUUUGAAAAUGUGACCUCCAUCAUGUUUUUAGUUGCCCUCAGCGAAUACGAUCAAGUGCUUGUAGAAUCUGACAAUGAGAAUCGAAUGGAAGAGAGCAAAGCCCUGUUUAGGACAAUAAUAACAUAUCCGUGGUUCCAGAAUUCAUCAGUCAUUCUGUUUUUAAACAAGAAGGACCUUCUUGAAGAGAAGAUCAUGUAUUCUCAUCUUGUUGAUUACUUUCCUGAAUAUGAUGGGCCUCAGCGUGAUGCACAAGCUGCAAGGGAGUUCAUUUUGAAAAUGUUCGUGGACCUGAAUCCUGACAGUGACAAAAUUAUCUACUCGCACUUCACAUGUGCCACAGACACAGAGAAUAUACGGUUCGUCUUUGCUGCUGUCAAGGACACUAUCCUACAGUUGAACCUGAAGGAGUAUAAUCUGGUCUGAGUGCUCAGACGAGACUGGGAGACUGAAGAGAAUAUGAAAGUGUGACUGUAUUAUCUGUGAAAAAAACAAUGACAAAUAAUUGCAUAAUACUAAUUUAUUGCGUCUUGGACUCUGUUUUCACAGAGUUUAUAGUAAAUAUUAUGAUUUUAUUUAAAAGGAAAAAUAAUUGGGGGUUGGAAAAUGCUGUUGAACAUUUGCAGCACAAUUCCUAAUUUUUAGGCAGAACCUUGUGAACUUAAUGUUUUUUUAAAUCUCAUUUGUGCACUCAAAAGGGUAGGGGGAUUUGAUUUUUGCUUCAGAAGCAAAUCACGACUUGUAACCACCUUCCAGUUUUCUUUGAGGGUACAAUGGCCUUUUAUUCUGAUCCAUUCCUUAGUAACUCUGUAUUCUGCAGUGAUAACCGUAAAGUUCUUUGUUUAAUAGAAGUUAAGCCAUCUGUUCUUCUAAUUUAUGUACUUUUUUCUGAAGGAUGAAAAGUAUUGAUACUGUGAUUUUUAAAUUAUUGAUCUGUAUAAAUUAUUACAUCCAGUUAGGUACUAUCUUCAUCUUGGGCUGCAAAGGAAAAAAAAAACGAAAAAAUUAGGAGCUCGUCAAGUAAUAGGAAGAAUUCUUCAUAAAUGCUACCUGGUUAUCCAGAAACACAGAUAGACGUAGGCAAGGAUAGUUCCUUUGGAUAAAAGUUAUAUUUAUGGAGUGGUGCUUGCCAUUCUCAGUACUCUGUGCCACAUUUGCUUUCUAGUAUCGUUUUUAUUGCAGAUGCCAAACAGAAAUGCCAUGGACACUACAUCUUUCCCACACUGCUAAAAUCUAAAAGCUACUUUUUUAAAAAAAAAGCUGUAUCUGGAAGCAACUAUUUUCGUGCUUCUACUUUAACCUUUUAAAUUAAUUUUUAUUGUGUACAGUUUUAUGUCUCCAACCAUGUUGGGUCUAUCUUGAUUUCUUGUUUUCCUUAAAAGUGUUUUUAUUUUCUAAAAUGCCAAAACCACUGUUUGGGAACUGACUUGAUGAGACCCUGAAUGCCAAGCCUAUGUUUAACUUUGUGGCAUCAGCUCAUAGGGUUUGUUUAGAAAGUGUUGUAUAGUUAAUGCCAAAUAAAGCAAACUGAUAAAUAUAUAACA